AUGCCACAGACCACUUCUUCCUCUUCGUCUUCUAAGCAGCAAAAAUCAAAUGCAACCAAUUCAAAGCCAGUGACAGUCCAACCAAGGAAAAUCAUUCCAAAAAGCCAAAAAGUACAUGUCAUUGAAGAAGCAUCACUUCCAUCCAAAAAAGUGAAACGACCUCUACAACAUGAUGGUGUCUCAGAGAGAGCGACAUAUACCAUACCAGUGUCCGUUUACAACGAAAUGGUUCAAAAAGUAUCUGAAUAUCAAGAAAUAUUCAAUCACAUUCAAGAAUCCAUCACAGAAAUGUAUAAUAUCAUGAAGGAAGGAAAACAAGUAUAUUCUCACCUACCCUUUAAAGUUGUUCAUGAUCAUCGAGUCUGUACUAUCCCUUCUGAAGUGGUCGAAGAAGCUCUGGCUCUCAAAACUCAGGAGAAGGCAUGCAUUUUCCUCUCUCCCAAAUUGUUUCAAAAGGAUUUGAUUCAAGCAGACCCGUUUGAGUUCUGA